UAUCUAAAACUUUAUUUAUUUAUAAAAAUUCUAAUUUUAAUGAAGUUCUGUUAUAUUACAGAGAAUUUAUAUUUGAUAAUAAAUAAUUUAAAUAAAAUAAUUUUCACAUUUCUUCUUUGCGCUUUUCUUUCACUAUUCAAUCUGCUUAACGUCCCGUGAAGUCCAUCCGUGCCUGAUGCUGUUCUCCGCCUACUCCAUCCUGACUCCACCCUUGUCUACACCUCUUUCGUAGACAGUGAACCGCCCGGGGUUUGAACUCAUCAACCUACUCUCUGAAUCUUCACCUCUCCAUCGUCUGCCUCACUCUCCUCCUCCAUCACUACCAGACCUCCACCUGUCACCCUGUUUCACAUACUUCAGUUUCAUAAACGAAGUGAAAGCCACCUGUGAGCCGAUUUGUUGCCUUUACCAUAACGCACACAAUAGGAGGGCACUUCGAAAGUGACUGUCUGCCGCCUUGACUCCAGAGAAACGCAUGAAGGAUUAGUGGAACAGCGGGAGCUACGGCGAAGCACCAGACCCCCGAACAGACAGUCAGCCCAGGAGACACACACACACACACACACACACUUAUCCAUCACGUCACGAGAAAGGUGUGUGUGUGUCUGCACAGUGUGACAAAUGAAAACAGAAGAAACAGGCAGCUUCUGAGACAACCUGAGUGAUUGUUGAGAGAGAAUAAUUAUUUGGAAAACCUGAGUCGUCAUGGAAACCAUUUUGCUCUUCUUCUCCUCCCUCCUGGUUUGCGUGUCUGCUGUAGCAGACACCGGUGCACAGGACGACACAGACAAAGACAAAGAGGAAAACCCCUUUAUUUACGACUAUGAGAGUCUGAGGAUCGGAGGACUGGCCUUCGCUGUGGUUCUGUUUACACUGGGAAUUCUCCUUAUCCUCAGUCGGCGAUGUCGCUGCAGUGUCAAACAGAAACCAAACGCCCCUGGUGAUGAGGAGGCGCAGGAGGAGACCCUGAUAGUCACCAAGGCUGUGGUAGCUGUCAAAGAGACUCCAGCAGCAGAGAACUGAGACACCACCAGGGGGACCAGACUGCCUUCUUACAUCACCAUGAGUCGUUUUCUCUUUAUUUUCUACAAUAUUCUGCCACUGUAACAGCACUAAUUAUUUCCACUGUGUAUAUGUCAGGCUAGCAGAGUUGAAAUACCAAUGAUUUCAAAUGAAACAUAACCAAUAAGACAAACUCUCAGUCUGUCGCUCUGUUGUGACCGUCUGUUGAUUUGUUUUUUAGUCUUAGCUUGUAGCACUUAGGACUCAAGGUCGUCUUUUAAAACCACAGGAAACAUUUCGUAUGGUGUGGUCCGAUGUUCUGUUGUUGUAUUAGUCCCUGCUUCUAGGUUUUAGUUUUGUAUUUAAGUCUUACGUAUUAUCAGUUUGUCUGUUAAAAAUAGUGGAUUUUGUCCUAUAAAAGAGGAUACUAAACCAAACUUUUUCUCUAUAUAUGCUUAAUUUUAGACUCAAUAGAAACGCAUGGUUUUCCUAUAUACUAUUUCUAUUAAGUAUUAGAGCAAAACAAGAUACAGUAGCAUAUACAAGGGUUUGUCAAAAGGUCUAGAUCAGGGGUGCCCAAACUCCGGUCCGCGGACCAGUACCAGUCCAUAGGUCAACUCUCCUGCAUGAACUUUACUAAAUGCUUUUAAACCUCCCGCGGGCCACACAAAACAGCUUGACGGGCCGCAUUUGGCCCACAGGCCUUGAGUUUGACACAUAUGUUCUAGAUGAAUUGAAAAACAAUUUUUACUAAAAAGGCCUGGAAUCCAGUAGUUACAUUGUGCGUUUUAGAACAGGCGGGAAAAAUUAGAUCAAAAAAUUAAAAAAAGUUAUAAGGUCCCAUUAUAAGUUUCCAUCCCACAUAGAUUUGGUUAAAAAAUGCAGUGUUUUCUCCACUUUCAGAACUGUUCAAACCUUGACAAAGAUUGAACCACAUGUCCUUAGGGACUCGGUCUGGACAUGUUUUAGCGAUUGACGUCAGACGCCUCUAGAAUAUAAAGAACUUUUUGACUUAUCCCUUGUACCAGUUCAGAUACUUUAUGCACUUAGACGUUGUUCCUGAAAGUCUCUGUUCGUGUGAGUCCGUAUCUGCAUGUGAACCGUUGCUUACGCCACCCGUGCGUGUGUUUUCGUGUCUUGACGUGAUGAGCCUCAUACAAGACAAUCUCCACCGCCACGGCAGCGAACCCAGGUACUUUUCAGCUAGUACGUAGUUAUACUCUUUAAGCGUGUAGUUAUGGUAGAACCUGUAACAGCUGAGUCACUGCCUUCUGUCCUCCAGGGUUGACCUCAGUCUUCUGCAGAGACUGCUUCCUCAUGUGCCACAAAACUGUACCUGACACAGUCUGUGUAAUAUUUGUUUAUGUACUGUACUACUUACCGAGUUACCGAGUUAUCCCAGGAUACUUCGUACGAUCAUGUAUUCAGCUUUGUAGAGUAGUACUCGUUGCCGUCACUGUCCUGUUUUCUUUUGUAAAAACAAAAUAAUAAUAACAUGCCAUGUUUGUUCAGAGCUACGUUGUUGUGUGUUGAAAAUUGUAGGUUUUUUUUGACAAAAAUGAAUCAAUAAAAACAUGUACACAUUU